CCGAGCCGGAGCCUCUACUCGCCUCGCGUGACCGCGGCAGGUUGGUCCGCGAGCCGAGCAGCGCAGGCUAUUUAGGCGCGGGCGAGAGGAGGGGGGGCGCGCGGGCUGGAGGACUUCCUCGGCCAAGACAAUUAUGCAUGCGUUAGGGCACCUCUGACAGAAUGGCUGUGGAAGCUCUGCACUGUGGCCUGAGCCCCCAAGGCAUUGAGCAUCCUGCCCACGCUGAAGGUAUUAAACUGCAGAUCGAAGGUGAAGGUGUAGAAUCUCAACCCAUUAAGCACAGAAAUUUCCAGAAGGUGCCUGACCAGCGAGGAACCCCCCGGCGACUGCAGGGCGAAGCAGAGACGUCCAAGUCAGCCACGGUGAAGCUGUCAAAACCAGUGGCCCUGUGGACGCAGCAGGAUGUCUGCAAGUGGCUGAAGAAACACUGCCCACAUCAGUAUCAGAUCUACAGCGAGUCGUUCAGACAGCACGACAUAACUGGGCGAGCCCUGCUGAGACUCACGGACAAAAAGCUGGAGCGUGUGGGGAUCGCCCAGGAGAACCUGCGGCAACACGUCUUGCAACAGGUGCUCCAGCUGAAGGUGCGAGAGGAAGUCAGAAACCUGCAGUUACUCACACAAGCCUCAGCCGAGGGUUCUCCAUAAACAUGGUUAGCCUUCCAAGCUGCUGUCCUGCCAGUUGGUGUGAACAUGGCCUGUUCCCACAGAAAGACUAACUCGUGACACUGCCAGAAGAGGCCUUUGGAGCAUUAACAGAUUAACUGGAUUAACUGGAAAAACACCCAUUCAGUCAAGAUGAGGAGCUUUGGAAAGAAAUCUUAGUUUGCUGUGGAUUUUUAAAUGAGGUGCAUAUCAUUCAACGCCAACUCGUUCCAAGUGGCCAUUGGCAGACCGUAAGCUGGAAAAUUGUUUCCAGUUCUCAUCACUGUGCAUAACUCGAGUUCCCUUUGGGGCCUGUCCUUGCCCUGUGCUAGAAGUCCUGUUGUAGCAUGGCAACCACUGGAUUCUUUUAUUUGUGUGCAGAUGGCAUGAUGUUCUAGAAAAAAAAAAUUUGCAGCCCUUCUGCAAUCUCCGUGGAAGUGUUCACAAUAUUCUGCCCUGGUAGGGAUGUAACUGUGUCUCUGUUAUGUCAGUUAUGGUAUUCUGUCCAACUCUGAAGCACUUUAUAUGAGAAAAAUAUACUGGCAUAAAUCAUCACAUACGGUACAUGUAGGAAAACAAGAAUUUUCUUUUAUAAAUUUUGUCUUCUUUCUGGCUCAGACUGUCCAAGACAAGCUCCUCUACUAGCAUAUUCCCAGUCAUAUGUGGUAGAUUGGUGUGUAAAUAUGGCCAUGAUACUGUUAGACCUCACUUCUUGACACUUUACUGAAUAACUGGAUGACUUUUAACACCAAAGGGAUGGAGGAGCGGGCCUGGCAACUGGAAUAUUUGAGCUCUUGGGUCUUUUUACCAAGGCACAAUGUACAAAUACCCAAAUUCAGGAGGCUGCUCUUUGGCCAGUGUGCAUUCUCUCGGUCUUUAGAAGAACUCUUCUAAAAACAAAAGGACACGGAUUUCCUUUCUGUCAUCGAUCAUGGUGGGCUGAUGCUAAGGACAGCAGAAUAUAAUUUUCCUAUGUGGUCUCACUCUAAUGCUUUGGGAGAUAAUCUGGGUCAAGUUUAAAUCACAAUUCUCUACUUUAAAUCAAGGGACCCCACUUGUGCCUAGAGAAAAAAAAGGGUUCAGCCCUGUACUAGGUGGCUUCCUCAACACAGAACCUCCUGCUUCUUCUUAUCCUUUCUGGAAUUGCACCCAUGACUAAUUUUUUAAACUCUGUCUUACAACGAAGCAGUCCUGGGAAACUUGUCCCCUUGGUGAUGGCUUGUCUUUGAUGCCUGGCCCUACAACACACCUUAGUGUUUUUUCGCUGGAAAUCUGAAGUAGGCUGAAUCCAAAACUCAGCAAAGUCCAUUCUGUAUGCUGCUACCCCAGCUUGGGCCCAAGGGCAUCAGAAGCUCCUCUUUCAAAUGAGUAGAAUAACUUCCAGAAUCUUCCAUAGCCUCCAGUGCUCAUCCACAGAGAGAGAGCUGGAUAUGGCUGCAGAGCCAGGAAAGGGGCUUCCAGAGGGGACUCAGCGAAUCUCAGACACCACCCACAUCUAGCCUUUUAAUCCAUCAGCACCAGGGCCAUCACAUAUACAACAGACCACAAUUCUCCACCCAUCCAGAAGUCAGAGCCAGCCCUUGCUGCCAGUGACCCUGGACAUCUCCCUCCUCCACUGUGAGGCCCCCACACCUGGGCUUCCCUACCCUCCCGUCCAUCGUCAAUCUGGCAAGCACUUGCUAAAUGUCCAUGAGCCAGAACAGCUAUAGCAUACCAAACAGACUCCCCCAUCUUACCGAACCGAACUUCCUCCUCACACACUGUCGCUACCCACCUUUCCUACAGGGAGAACUGAAUCCAGGCAGCUUCACUCUGUGCCAGAGGAGUCCAGGAACAUGCACACAGCAGCAGGCAGAGGUCCUUGCCUGAGGGACUGGGCAGCACCAGAGCGUAUAUCUGUACCUGUCCUGUACAGACACCCUGUCCAGACUGGAGCUGGUCAGAGCAUCCCAAAACAGCCUCCAACUGCUCUCUGAUUCUCACCCCAGUCGCAGAUAUUCCCACCCUUUUUGUGGAUGCAACCACUAGUCACUAAAAUGCAUCUCUAAAGCUCUAGAACGAGUUCUGACAGUUGGUUUUAAUGAACCCUAAGGGACUCCCUACUGCCAGGUGCUGAGAAACUGUAGCUGGGAAUGAACUGGUCUACCAGAGGCAUUGCGAGAGGACUGCUAACACCCUAGGAAAACUGGACUCGCUCUACAGGGCCGGGGUUCUCUAAGUGAGGGUGGUGCGUUGUUACUUCCUUUGGCUUUUGCAGAAUAUUCUGAACGAUUGAAUAAGUAGAGAUUCAUAGCCGACUUUUUUUUUUUUUUCGAGUUGAAGGAGUGACAGAAUAUUGUCAGAGAAGGAGAGUUGAAGACAAACAUGGGAGAAGGCACAGCGCAGACCACUGAGGAGCCCAGUGGAGGGCAGUGUCUCUAAAGUUGCCUUAACGCCCGGCACACACAACGUAUUUACAUGUGAACUCCUACUGUUUUCCAAACUGCCAACCUCUGUUGGAAAUCACCUGAGGGCAUAGUUCUGGACACAGGGUGGCAUAAAAUCAAUGAUCACGAGCUAAGCAGCAAGCCAGGGCAAUGACUUCAUUGUGUCUUUGGCUUCUUUGUUCAAAGAGAUCCUCUCUGACUUCUCAUGGCUGCUUCUGCUGUGCUGUACCUUAUUCCCAAGAUGUACAAGUGUGAGAUUUUACCUCCCAGAAAUUCAGAAAUGGCUGUGCUAAGUCUUGUCGGGUAGGAAAUGAGGGCUGGGAAGAUAGGGAUAAAUAUUUUGAUGUCUAAAGGCUGUAAACUGUUGAUGCUUAACUUUUCUUUUUACUUAAAUCUGUGCUAGGCCUUUUAUUAAAGACUGAUCCUCGUACUUGUGCAAGAAAGACACUCUUGGGAAUGAACUGAAAUGAAUAAUUAUCAGACUCUCCAGGGUGCCAAGGGGAUUAGCUUGCUCGGGCUCCAGAACUGAAUUUAAAUCCACAGAGCAUUGUUGGUUCUGCUAGGUAAAAAGCAAAUCGCUUCAGUAGUUUUAGAUUUGCCUAGGGGGAUAGAGACCCCACCAACCUUCCUACCCUGGGCACCUUCACAUUGCUGUGCAAGCUCUGAAUGGGGUGUCCCCACAGAUUUGACAUCUACCUCCAGAUCAGGGUAAACCACCUGGCUUUCUCCUCAGAGUCCCUUCACAGUUGCCCAACAGGAGCUCACAGCCCUUACUUCCAAGGAAAAUGUGCCAUUUUUAACAUUCCAGGGAAAAGGAAGAUCCACCUUCCCC